AUGCUAGCUCUGCGUCGAUGGCUGGUGGUCGUUGUGACACUGACCGGUCUGGGAAUGUGGCUGGCUCAGACGAACAGCUUCACCGUUGCUGCUACAUCCCUGGCCUCCUUCCGCACACAAGCGGCAGCAGCUUUCAGCGCCGUGACGGAGACUGGCAAUGAGACUCCGCAGGAGACUCCCACCGGCGCUGCAGAAUCCCCGGUUUCAGCGGAAGAGGCCCCAGCAGACGAUGUCGAUGAGGACUUCUCCGAAGAGGAUCUGCUGGAGCUGCCGCUCCCCAGCAUCUGGAAGAAGGUCGCCUCUCCCAGGGGCCUUGCAACCGUGGCCAGGGCCGUGUGCCAGUCGCUGGGCAACAGGACCUUGCCAUCCUUGUUCGAGGGCCUUUCCGGCAGGAAUGGCAGUCUGCAGGAGGCCACGGAUCGGGCUUGUGGGUUCCCCUGCCGCCAGUCCUCCGGGGUGUGGGAGGCGGUGGAGAGCUUUUCGCUGAAGGAGAGAGUGUGGCUCGGGUUCAUGGUGGUGCAGAUGCGCAAUGGUAGCACUCUCCCGGGAAAUGGCAGCUGCCGACCAGAUCAGCCUCCGCCCAGGGUGCUGACGCAUCUCCAGGGGGCCCGGGGCCAGGGCCUGGGAAACUUGCUGCAAGGUCUGCAUUCCGCGCUCCACAUUGCAAUGAUCUCUGGCAGAGCCUUCCGGAUGAAGUGGCCGAGGCUUGAAGACGCUGUCCGGCCACGGUUCCUGAACUGGAAAGAUCCGGUGGGAGCCGGUUGCAAGCCGCAGUUGGUGGAGCUUUGGAACUUCGGCCGGUUCCAGGACAACUUUCGCCCGACCCUGACCCUGGCAAAUGGCAGCGUUGCCAUGAUGCAUUUCACCGGGAACUGGGGCAUGCUGCCGCCAAAGUGGGGCAACCUCUCCGGUAUAGGGCUGCCGGACGUGGGCAUCCGCGAUGCCUUCCCGCUGCGGGGGCAG